AUGGCGCUUUCUAUCUUUGUUCCUAUUGCGUACAUUGUGACGCUGUUUGUGUCGCUUUCACUAUUUUCCAAGGUGUACCGGAGACGGGCGCUCCGGGUGAUGCAAAGAUACCAGGCUGUGUCAUCGCAAGAGGCUGAAAUCCAGCCUGAUCGUGCAAUCUUCAAAGCAUUGAGUGAAAUUCAAGGCAAUUAUCCUAAUGAGCCAGCGGACUCCGAUGAGUGGAUCGUACCGCGGCAGACUCUCCAAGCAGCUCUUCUCGCACGGGCUGUGGCUGUUCUCCGAAGCAUGAGCUCGUUGCGUCUCGAUAAACAAGCGCUUCAAUCCUUGCUAGACCGUGGCUCGCUCGGAGAUGAUGCAGCGACCAUGCUCGAAGCAAAAGAGGGAGAAGUACGGGCAGAAGCGUUUGAUGUCGUACGGGAGGCGAACCGCUUUCACCCGGCUUGGGGCAAGCUCAUAUUUGAGACUGCCAACCAUAUUUCGACAAACCUUACAUAUCGAGAUGUACUACUCAACAUCCAUAAGCAGCGUGAAGAAGAGGUCGCAAAAAUGCGCCAGAUGGGCCUUGAAGCCCCGAAGCUGAAAUUUGCAGUCAAACCUGUCGUAGUGCCUGCAUAA